ACAUUGCUGUUAAGUCCAAUCUGAAUGUUGUUUCAUCAUGUGACAGCAUUACAUAUUGUUUUACAAUUACGGAAAGCACAUUUCUUUCCACCUAUAGCUGAUUGAAAAAAUCCUAACAUCAAAGCCUGGUGGUGAACGCAUUAUGCAAGAGUAUGGAAAAACCAAAUCUCUGACAGAUGCCACCAGAAGACAGAUGAUCAACAUACUUGCUGCUGAGAUGACAGAAACACAUGGGACAUCCCCCCCCAAAAGUGUCAGAGUGAUGUAUGCACAGGGGAUAGUAGCUUUGUUUCCCUAUCUAGAAGACCCAUACUCACAACAUGGAUAUGAUCAUUACUACGAUCCGGAGAGUGGUUCCGGAUACCUUGCAUGGCGAUUGAAGACCAUACAAAGAAAAACAGCAGAGGAAAGAGGUGCCUCAGUCAGCAAAUCUCCUAAAGUUGGUGGGCCAGGCCGUGAUCGUCAGCCCUUCACCUAUGACAGAGAGCCAUCUGAUGAGGAUGUGGAAGCAGCUAUUGCUGUUUUGAGACACUCUGCUGAUGAAAACACUGUCCGUGAGAAGAUGAAAAUGACCUUCAUAUAUCGGCAAGCAAUGGUCAACGAUGAAGCCAAAUCAUCAGAUGUCUUCUCGGUCUUCCCAAGAUUUCUGGACACACCAGGACUGAUAGAACAAGAUUUCAGACUUCUGUUUGGUGAGGCCACAGCCAACAAAUUCUUGGAGAAGUGGCCAACCACUUUCAAAGCAAAAGUAAUAAAGGAAAGCCAUGGACUUGUAUCCACCACAGAACUCUUGGAUUUGAUGCGCAAUGCUGAGUCAGCUGCUGAAGUUGAGAAUGGCUGGGACAGUGACAUGUCUGCCAUCUUGCUGCUGCUACAUUUGCUACCACCAUCUGCACAAGGUAGAAAGAGGCCGGGAAAGAUGUCUGCAUAUCAAGCUGUAGAUCAGCUCAUCAGAUUUCAAAAGGUUGGAACCAGUGUGCAGCAGCAUCUUGACAACAUCACCCAAAGCAGUCAGCCCUACCUUCUCGCCCAGGGAUCCACACAGAGCAGCAUUCACUCCUACUUCAUUGUGGUUGACAAGCAUGCUCUUCCAUGCAAGGCAACAGAUUCAGUAGGAGCUUUUGACGAAGUCUUUAAAGCCCAUUACGUAUUUGGUACGUCAUACAGUUCUUCCUUGAGCAGCUUUUUCACUUUUGUGCAAACAACCAUCUAUAACAUCGACAUGGGGGAAAACAAAGGAGACUCCUAG